AUGGUUCCUGAAGCUACACGACAUUUGAUGAGCAACUACAGGAAUGUUGAUGAAUUCCAACAGAUGUUCAUAAUUUCAGCUGUAAAAGCUAAUAUUGGGCCAAUGCGUGCCUUUCGAUUUUUCAGAGAGAUUGUAGGCGAUUAUAAAUCAGUUGGAUGUACCGGCACCGACUUCAAGAACUUUGUAAGGGACCUGAAGGUAUAUUCGUUCGGAUCAGAUGCACAUAUGCUGUUGGAAACACUUAAUAACAAACAGCAGUUAAGGGAUGGAUUUAAGUUUUUUCAUGAGGUAGAUGAUGAAAAAAAAUUGUGUCGCAUUAUCUGGGCGGAUGACGUAUCUGUUAAAAACUACAAGUUGUUUGGCGAGGCAGUUUCAUUCGAUGCUACUUAUAACACCAACAGAUACAAAUUUAUAUUAACUCCUUUCACUGGUAAAGAUAACCAUGGUAGGUGCAUCUCUUUUGCUGUGGCAUUAAUUAAUCAUGAAGAUUCAGAGUCUUAUGCAUGGGUGUUGGAAAAGUUUGAGUUAAUAAUGGGAAAUGCACCUCGUAUUCUUAUCACUGAUCAAGACCCUGGUCUUAAGAAAGCUGUGGCAUCAACUUGGAAAGAGACACGUCACAGGUUUUGUAUGUGGCACAUAAACAUUAGAGUUGCUGAAAAGGUGCCACAGAGGUUGAGGGAUGAUACCGAUUUUAAGUUAGUUUAUGAUAGGGUUGUGUGGAAUGAUAAUGAUGAACCAGAAGUUUUUGAGGAAAACUGGAAUAACCUGAUGGAAGAAUACGAUCUUACAUCAAACAAAUGGUUCUCUGACAUGUAUCAAGAUCGUUCAAUGUGGAUACCCGCGUAUUUCAGAGAUGUACACAUGAGUGGUCUAUUUCGAACUACUUCAAUGUCCGAGAGCGAGAAUAGCUAUUUCAAACGCUUUAUCAACAAGAAUUCUGAUCUUGUGUUAUUGUAUACUAACUUUUGCAGUGGUCUUGACGCACAGAGAUAUAAUUACAAGGAGGUAACCCAUGCUGACGAGACCCGCUCUCCUAGGAUGAUGACAAAUCUAGAUAUUGAACGUAACGCAGCUGUUGUGUACACAAACUCAGUGUUCAAGGAUGUUCAAGAGCAGAUUGACCAUGCAAGCAAAGCAUGUUCCAUACGUAAGAUGUAUUCCCAAGGUGAGGAAGAGAUUUAUGUAGUCGAGGACAACAUAGAUGGUGAAUUCAUUGUUCGUUAUGUGCGGCCCCAUGACGAUGUGUUAUGUAGCUGCAACUUGUUCACUCGGAAAGGUACUCCUUGCAUGCAUAUGUUUGUUGUGUUCAGGAACCUGAAACUUGAUGCUAUUCCUCAAAAGUACAUUGUGAGGCGAUGGUGCAAAUUCAGUUUAUUGUGUUCAGAUGAAUCCCUUGGGGAAGUGCGGGAAGAAGGUAGUAAGUCUACCUCAAAUCUUGAGUUCCGUAUUUUCAAAGUUGUUAGUGAAACCAUUGGAUGUGUAAGGGGAAACCAGGAGCUUUGCGAUCAACUAUACGAUAAUCUUAUUCAAGUGAGGGACAAGUUUACUAACUUUGGGGCAUCUGUGAACUCUUCAACAUCAAAGAGCAGAUUAUUCAAUGAAUUUUAUGGAUCCACACCACCAGAAUCUCCUUCCGUUUUUCCUCCAGAUAUUGUUAAGACUAAAGGGAGUGGUGCCGGUGGCCGAAGGAAAUCUGAAAAAGAGAAGGCCAUUAUACUUGCACAGAAACCUUUGCGUCUUUGUAGGAAAUGCAAAAAAAGAGUUCAUCAUGACUCAAGAAACUGCCCCACAAAGGAAGCCCCAACUGAAACUCUUAGUCCUUCAUGA